AUGGAUUUGGAUUCCCAGCGAAAGCCUGAGUCGAAGCUCAUGUCACUCGUUACUCAAGCAAAAAUCUCUUCAUAUUCGGACCAGGAGCCUGAGUCUGACUUUAACUUCACUUCACUCCUUGAUGAAACAUUGAGACUCAAGCCAAAUCCAAAGCUCAUAUCACUCUUCCGUCAAACAGUCUACGUCAUCAUCUCUAUAAAUUCUGAAUCAAAGAAACUUAUUGGCAUUGCAUGUUUGGAGAAACCAACUGUCUUAUAUAUACCCCUUACGAAG